AUGAGCUUUACGGUGACGGAAGUGAAGACGACUCCAUUUGAGGGACAAAAGCCAGGAACAUCUGGACUACGAAAGCGCGUCAAGGUCUUCCAGCAGCCUCACUAUACUGAAAACUUUAUCCAAGCUAUACUAGACGCCAUCCCUGGCGGUGCUGAAGGCUCAACCCUCGUCGUUGGAGGUGAUGGACGCUAUUUCGGUCAAGAAGCUGUGCAAAUCAUCAUCAAGUUGUCUGCUGCAAAUAAGGUUUGCAAACUGAUUAUCGGCCAAAGCGGAAUCCUUUCAACUCCUGCUGCAUCGAAUUUGAUCAUCAAGAGGAAGGCUACUGGUGGUAUAUUGCUUACUGCAUCGCAUAAUCCUGGUGGGCCUGAGAAUGAUUUUGGGAUUAAGUACAACAUGUCCAAUGGAGGUCCUGCACCAGAAGGUGUCACAGACAAGAUCUAUGAAUAUACUGUCAAACUGGCUUCGUACAAGUCAGCAGAUAUACCUGAGGUCGACCUCUCAAAACUAGGCAUCACAACCUUUCCUCCAUCAUUCGAAAUCGAAAUCGUCGACUCCGUCCAUGACUACGUCAUCCUCAUGAAAGAAAUCUUCGAUUUCUCUCUCUUGAAAUCAUUCUUUUCGUCAAAUCCAAAAUUUAAGGUGCUUUUUGAUUCCAUGCAUGGUGUUACUGGACCAUACAAUCGACGUAUCUUGGUUGAGGAGUUGGGAUUGCCUGAAUCGUCGUCGAUUAAUACGGUGCCGUUGUUGGAUUUUGGUGGAGGGCAUCCGGAUCCGAAUUUGACUUAUGCUCAUGAGUUGGUUGAACAUGUUGAAGCAGGCAAAAUUGAUUUCGGAGCUGCUUCUGAUGGUGACGGUGAUCGAAACAUGAUUAUUGGAUACAAGGCAUUUGUGAAUCCUUCCGACUCGGUGGCUGUUAUUGCUGCUCGAGCACACGUCAUUCCAUACUUUGUGAAAUCUGGUGUAAAGGGUCUAGCGAGAUCCAUGCCUACUUCUGCUGCUAUCGAUAGGUACUAUUACACUAGUCAACGGCUUGUUUUUGCAGCUGCAGGAGAUUUGUCUCUAAUCCAUUUACCUCCGUCAUCAUACAGAGUUGGCAAGAAGAUGGGCGUGACUGUUUAUGAGGUUCCAACUGGAUGGAAGUUCUUCGGUAACCUCAUGGAUGCUGGCAAAUUGAGCAUAUGUGGUGAAGAGAGUUUUGGAACUGGUUCGGAUCAUAUCAGAGAAAAGGAUGGAGUGUGGGCUAUUCUAGCAUGGUUAUCAAUCGUCGCAGACGCAAACUCCAAAAAGCCAGGAUCUACACUAAAUGACAUCCUCAACGAACACUACUCAGAAUACGGCCGGAACUAUUUUUCACGUUACGAUUACGAAGAAGUAUCCAGUGAAGGUGCCAAUACCCUCAUGGGCUUGUUACGCAAGAUGGCCUCAUCAAAGUCUUUGGUUGGCCAGACAUAUCGUGGAUACACAGUCGCUGAUUGUGAUGAUUUCGCAUAUACGGAUCCUGUUGAUGGAAGUGUAUCUACCAAGCAGGGUAUACGAGUCAUUUUCUCCGAUGAUUCCCGAAUUAUCUACCGAUUAUCAGGAACUGGAUCAAGUGGUGCUACUAUUCGCAUAUACUUUGAGCGAUACUCGAGUACGGAAACUGGGCUCGAGACUUCUGUUGCUGUGGGAGAGUUGGUUAAGGUUGCUUUGGAGAUAUCAAAGUUGGAGGAAUUUACGGGAAGGACUACUCCAACUGUCAUCACAUAA